UUCCGUUAACAAAACCCGCGAAUCGUUUUCUAUUCAAAUAUAGCUUACAGCACUCUGACACUCUUUAAUAAAAAUGGCUAGCAAGACAGAAGAUCAAAACCCUAGGUUUUUCAUCGCCGUUCACGUCGGCGCGGGGUAUCACGCGCCAUCCAGCGAGAAACCGCUAAGGUCCGCCAUGAAACGCGCUUGUCUCGCUGCUGCUGCAAUUCUUAGCAAGGGUUCCGGUGGAUGUCUAGAUGCCGUCACAGCCGCCAUUCAAGUUUUAGAGGAUGAUCCCUGGACUAAUGCAGGCCGAGGCUCCAAUAUGACAGAAGAUGGAAAUGUGGAGUGUGAUGCUAGCAUUAUGGAUGGUGCCUCUGGGAUGUUUGGAGCUGUUGGAGCAGUGCGAGGUGUUCGAAAUGCCAUCCAGAUUGCUGCCUCAUUGGCCAAGGAGCAAAUGAUAGGUUCUUCACCGUUGGGUCGGAUAUCUCCUAUGUUCUUGGUCGGUGAAGGUGCCCGUGUGUGGGCAAAAUCUAAAGGCCUUGAUUUGCCUGAAACUAUAGCUGAGGCUGACAAGUGGCUGGUGACAGAAAGGGCAAAAGCACAGUGGAAAAGAUUUAAAGAGAUGGUUUUAUUGACAACUGCUGACAAUGAUAGUCCUAACAAGGGACUGGGUAGCAAUUCUCAAGAGACCAUAAAUGAAUUAGAGUUAAAAGCUCAGUUGGGCAACUCAGCAGAAGGGAAAGGUGGCGGUCAAUCUACUCCAAGCACAUUCGAGGACAGUAUCAUGGACACUAUUGGAGCUAUCUGUGUUGAUUCUGAAGGGAAUAUAGCUUCUGGAAGCUCCAGCGGUGGUAUAGCAUUCAAGGUCAAUGGUCGCGUGGGUUUGGCAGCAAUGUAUGGUUCAGGCUGUUGGGCUUCUUCAAAAGGUCCCUUUGGGUCUCCAUUUAUUGUUGGAUGUUGUGUUUCUGGCGCAGGGGAAUAUCUAAUAAAAGGAUUUGCUUCCAGAGAGUGCUGUGUUUCAUCAUCAAUUUCCCAGGCCGGCCCUGCAUCUGCUAGCAUGAAGGUUCUAUGUUCUAUUUUUACGGACAGCAAAAUCAGUGAUAAAAGUGCAGGAAUUUUACUUGUACAAGCUGAUGCUCCUUUGAUGGCUCCAGGAAAUUCUCCAAAGCUAAAAGCGGUAGAGAUUGCAGCUGCAUACACUUCAUUGUCUUUUGGGAUAGGAUAUUUUGGAAGCUCUAUGGAACGACCAAAGGUGUCUGUUCUCCGUAGUACAAAGCGACCAAGCAAAAGUGGAAUAGAACAUUUUGAAGCAAAAAUUGAUCUUUCUGCCAAAAAUUCCGUGUGACUGGAAGUUUGCUUCACUGGUUCUGUCAUUUGAAAUCGGUAAAAUUUGUUCACUGGUAGCUGAUUUUGACAUUUGAGUGCAUCCUUAUCUUAAACCAGUUGUAUGAUGAAUGAACUUGCAAUGUGUAACUUAAAAAGAUGUGUAUAAUUGAACUUUGAAAGGUUUUAAAGUGGCAUGACCUGAACUGCUACCUUUGACUUGGGUGGUUUUCAAUUGGUAUUUAUUGUUCUUUUAUGUAUUCCGGAAGGACAAUAACCAAAAUCUAAUGAAACAGAAAUUACAAUCA